CCUUUAGCAUGUCGUUAACCCCGAAUACUUUCAUUGUGUUCUUACUCAUCUGGAGUCUAGUUUUUUGGCAGGCAUUUGCAGAUUUUUCCCUAAACAACUACGGGGAUUCCGCUUUCCCGGAUCGCUGUGUACUCGACAUUGGAUCUUCGAUGGUGCUGCUCAAAACUGGAGAGUCAUUCCGCUUGAAGAACCUGCCCUGCACCACAGUUUUCUGCGUUGGGGAUGGCUAUGGCAUGCUCUCCACAUGCGAUAAAAAGGAGCCACCGGAGGGUUGUCUCUACACUGAUUACUUGAACUGGGACGAUGACUAUCCGGAUUGCUGCAACCGGAACACUGAUUGCGAUUAAAAUUUCUUGCUGGAAGAUGUUUAGUUCCGAAUUAAGUCAUUUGCAGCCAGCGUAUUAUGUCAAAAUUGGUUAAGCAGUCAAGGCACUUGUCGAAUAAAUCAAUUUUACCCACUUGAA